GUUCCUCCCAGUCUGGGUGGUGACGGGGGUGGUGGUGGUAUCAAGGACCCAGGCGACCUGCUCCGUUUGCCAGCCUGUCCUCGGCUAGAAGUUCUCCGGUCACCUCGGAAGAUACCUUGGGAAGGUAGUCAGUUUUGGCCUCCUGAAGCCUCCGUAGUUUUGCAGGGAUACCAAGAGACCAGCUGUGGACUGUGUGACAUUUUGUUUUCAUUGUACUGGCCUUAACACAGGGACAGCAACAAGCACCAUCUAACGGACCUCUUUGUUAGCGAGCGAGUAGGUUAGGCCAAAGUUAGGCCUGGUUGAGAACUUUCCUGCCUGAUAGAAAAUGGCUGCCACAGAGUCAUGGGAGGUAGCUGCCUUUGACCCUGAGUUUCAAGCUGCCUUUGCACAAGCAAUGGGAAAACCAACAAGGCCUGAGCUGGGCAUAGAAGACCCUGGUGCCACACAAGUGGGAAACGCAGGAUUGCUGCUGCGGGAGGUUCAACCAAGACCAUAUGAAAAGUCACUUCAGUGUUGGGAACUCGAGUUCCAGGAGUUUCUGGAGGCGGAAGACUGUCCCUGGGAAGACAGGUUGCAGGGUGGGCUGAGCCCAUGGGAGAACACGGAGGUCUUCUUAGCGUCGUUCCAGCAGGUUGCCCUGGCUUGCCGUUGGCCCCGGAAAGAGUGGGUGGCUCGAUUGUUGCCGGCCCUGGAUGAGGAAGCUGAGAAGGCCUUCCAUAGUCUGGAUGACAAAGACCAAGGCAACUUCUGGAAGGUGAAGAGGGCCAUUUUGCAAAGGGAGGCCAUGAACCGGGAGCGGAAGCGGCAGCAGUUCCGACGGUUCUGCUACCAGGAGGCCAGCGGCCCCAGGGAGGUCUUCCUUCAGCUCCAGCACCUUUGCCAUCAGUGGCUGAAAGCAGAGCAACAGACCAAGGAGCAGAUCCUGGAGCAACUGAUUCUGGAGCAGUUCCUCAACAUCCUACCAAGGGAAAUGCAGACCUGGGUCAAGGAGCGGGGCCCCGUAACCUGCAAUCGGGCUGUGGCCCUGGCAGAAGAUUUCUUGAGGAGGCUACUGGCAGCUGAGAGGAAAGAAGAGCAGCAUCUUGAGGAGCCAGACAAUGAUGUCCCGUUGGAUUAUUCCAGGCCCAAAGUGACUCAGCAACAUAGGAACCUGCUAUGGUCCCAGAAGGAGAUCAACGUGGACUUCAGUUCCUCAAGGAGGUCCUAUCCAAAUUACAAUGAAGUCAGAAGGAGCAGGAAGAGGAGUCUGGAGCGGGAACAUCCAAAGCAAGCUGAACGUUGCCCAAAACCCCGGGGAAGACCCCCAAAGGCCUCUCCCUAUCCGAUGAAGCAGGAACGGCGUCGCUCAGAGAGGCUGCGAAGGCCCAGUCCCUCUCCCCCUCUGGAAAAGGCCCGCAAGAAAAUCCGCGGGGCUUCGCUUCCUCCGCCAAAAGUCCGAGACAGGACGACGAUCUGCCCAGACUGUGGGAAGAGCUGCUCUGGCCUCUCAAGCUUCCGGAGGCACCACGCCAAUCACACGGGGGAGAAGCGCUACGAAUGCUGCUUUUGCGGGCGGGGCUUCUCCUGGCGGUCUGACCUGGCUCGGCACGAGUGCGUCCACACGGGAAAGAAGCCGCACGAGUGCCAGUUCUGUGGGGAAGGGUUUGACCGCAAGUGGCAACGGGAGAGGCACGAGCUGGUGCAUGCAAAGGCCGGAAGAAAGCUUUGAUUCUAGCAGAGAUGGAGCAGGGAGAGGCCUCCUUGAGAGUCUUUAUGUCUGUGUGUGUGUGUGUCCCCCAAAUUAGCCAUAUUUGAUUUAGAGCUGGUUUAUAUGUGCAGACACCAGGGGUCUCUUCUUAUCAAAGGACAUUCAGGGCUUUUUUUUGUAGCAGAAACUCCUUUGCAUAUUAGGCCACAACCCCUGAUACAGCCAAUCCUUCUGGAGCUUACAGUAGGCCCUGGAAUAAGAGCCCUCUAAGCUCUUGGAGGGUGGGCUACAUCGCGGGUGUGUGGCCUAAUAUGCAAAGGCGUUCCUGCUACAAAAAAAGCUGUGGUCAUAGGGGUGAGGUUUGUGGGAGCUUCUGUGACUACAUUUUCUUGUUAGCUGCACUCUGGGUACCGAUUCCCCCAUCUCUGCCAUUAUAUUACUUGCAGGAGUUGCAGAGCCUGUUCAGCAAUAGAUGAGCAGAGGAAAAUUUGCACUGGUGGGAGAGAAAAAAACUGGGGGGGUGGGAAAUCAACCCCAUUGAAUAGAUUAGACCAGGGGUGGCCAACGGUAGCUCUCUAGAUGUUUUUUGCCUACAACUCCCAUCAGCCAGGCAAAAAACAUCUGGAGAACUACCGUUGGCCACCCUUGGAUUAGACCAUUUUUACUCAUUCUGCAGGAAGUGAUUCAAAAUAUAUCACUGUCCAGCCCUCCUUUGGAAACUACUCCAUUCAUGAAAUGGUUCUUUUAUGGGUCAGAACGGCACCCGCCAUUCAUUAACGUGCCAGAUUAUUUCAGUGAACUGGUCCUUGAUAAACAAAGGUUGGAUCUACACGUAGUUGCAUUUUGUGCCAUCGUUGCCUGGAUUUCUCCUCCUGUUAGAAAAAUCCAGGAGGAGAAAUAUUUCAAGCAGAGCACUGCCCAGUUAUGUGUGAAUCCUGCCAAAGGGACAAGAAUUCUCAAAAAAAACCAAAACCCAACCACCAACUAGUACCCUAUUUUUGGCUUCUCUCCAAAUUUUUCAUCCAUCCCUAUGUAUUUCUGAACCAUGUUAAGCUUUUUAAAUCUAUAUUUUUAAAAAGGUGUGAAAUAGGGAAAGGCUGUUUGGGAAUAGCUAGGGUCUCAUUAACCGCACUUGCCUCCCGAAACGUAGGAUUUAUUUUCUUUUUUCUUUUUGCAGGCUCUACUUUGAUUUCCAUUGUAGUGUUUUUUGCAUAAUAUGGGGCCAGAUAACAGUUUUAGGGGCAGACGGGUAGUCAGGUUUGGGGUUAUAGGUACAGCAUUAAAGAAGUUGUCCCUUCCCAUCUGUGUAUUGUUUCUCUGAUAGAAAAGCCAUUUCCAAAAAAUGCUGCCAUUUUCCAUGUUGCAACUAAUAGCAGUUUGGGAGGGGGCAAUGAAAUUGAGGAAGGAUUACCCACCACUUGACCAUAGCCUGAUCCGAAUCCGGCCCUUUGGCUCCAUGAUGGCAAAGGAAAUGUCAGGUGUUUGGGACAUGGAUCUCCCACUUUAAAGAAGUGUUUGACCCUUUUGGUUUGUGUUUUUAAUUUUUUCGGGGGGGGGCCAAACCCACUCCUUCCUAAUAAAAAAGUCAGCAUUUUCUGUCAGAGCUAUUUUUCGCUGCAUGGCUCUAGAUCUCAUGAUCGAUUGGGUGGAGAACGGUCUCCAGAGCGUUUGACUAUCACUACUUCUUUGCUGACUAAGAUGUAAUUUCAGCUGCUAGCAACUGCAAUGUAGUAUUACUCUGUUCUCUCUUCCCACUCUUUUGAGGCAGUCACAGUUUAUAUAAUAAUCUUUUAUCAGUCCUUCUCCCGUGAAAUCUGGAUAAAGUGGGUUUCUCCCCCCCCCCCUUUGUUUAAAUACUGGAUCAGUACAAAAUUGAGCUCGCUAAACUGUGGCUCGUGCCUGUUUUUGGAGAAGAUUGAAACAGAUUUUGUUGUCGAGUUCUGCUGUUAUGGAUUUUGCAUUGUUUGGACCUGUUUGAGGUUUUUAAUGGUAUAACCGUAUUUAAAAUUGCCUUUUAUAGUGUUCUAACUCACAUAAGUUGAAAGUUUGUACUUUUAAUGCAUGUAUUUUUGUAACAAACCAAUUGUGUUCUUUUAUGCUAUUAAAGAUCAGAUUUGUUCAGUA